GAAAACAAAGCUGAGUGAGUAAAGAUGAAAUGAAAGUAGAGUUUGUUUUUACUGUCAGUGUUGGCUGAAAGUAUUCAAGUCAUGAGACAAGGAUAAAGAUGAUAUUUAUUUUAUCUUGUGUUGGAUUAAUACUAAUGUGGCCUCAAAGUUCAUAUUGCCGACUCAAUAAUCAACUAAGUGUCCAACAAUGUUUAUUAAUUGUUAUCCAACAUCUAACUCUACUUUUAUUAAUUCAAAGUCCACAUCUUUUGGGAUCUUCAGUUGAUAGUGAUUUAUCAAAUAUAUUUAGGUUGAUUAAUCCAGGCGAAAGACUUCAUAUACCAUGUACAGUGAUGACUCCAGGAGGAUCAGUUCAGUGGAUUAAAAAUGGGAAAACCAUUGUUCUGGAUUUCAGUUCAUCCCAACGGAGACAUUGGAAUAUAACUAAAGAUGGUCAAGCUUUUUUGACAAUCAACCGAGUUACCAAGGCUGAUGAAGGAAUCUGGGAAUGCUGGGAAUUAGACAACAAUGGCAAUGUUAAACGUAAAUCUAAUGUUAUGAAAAUUACAGUCGCAAAUGUGCCUGAAGGUCCAUUUUUAACAGUUGAUGGACAACGUCUUGAGGAGACUGGACGAGUCUCUGUUCGCGAUAAAAGACAAAUGACGAUAACUUGUAUUGUUAAAGGAGCUUCACCGGCAGCUCGUUCAAUCAAUUGGUUCAUCAAUGGAGUCAAUGUUACAGAUUUCAGUCAACUGUUGAUGGAGUAUUCAGCUGAUGAUGAUAAUUAUGAAUCUCAAAGUGUAUUGACAAUGAAUGUGACCAAAGAAGAUCACAGGAAAAUACUAGUCUGUCAAGCUGAACAUGCAGCCUGGACCAAGCCAAUGUCAGUUCGAACCUCGCUUAAUAUUCAAUAUGAACCUGCCUUUUCCCUGAUUCGUGAUCCAGUUUUUGGUUAUCCAGUCAUUGAAGGAAUGUCUAUCUCUUUACGUUGUCUUAUCGAUGCCAAUCCACCCAGUCAACCUCAAUGGAUUCGUGAUCAUUCACUGACUCCUGGCUCUUCCAGACUAGCCAAGGAAACGCUGUUUACUUCACCUGAUGGAGCACUCAAUAUAGCAUCAGUUUCCUUCUCAGACACUGGCUGGUAUCGAUGCACCACCAACCAUACAUUUGGACAUUUUUCUUCCUAUUCGUACCUUCUCAAUGUUAAAAGUCGUUCUUUUCUCAAAGAAUGGACUGCAAUCAUGUGUUCAUCCAAAGGAAGCCUUCCAGAUGAUCGCAAUUCCGAUGACAAGUUGACUCCGAGUUUGGAUGGAGACGAGUCCCGAGGAUCAACCAGCAAUACAAGACGACCUUAUCCAUCACCUCGUUGGUCGCCCCGUUACCCUCAGCGACCUUUACCGACUCCAGAUUGGAGAAAGCCAAGUACAUUCGAUAAUGAUCUGAGUUUAAUGUCGACCGUUUCUCAAAGUACUCAACAUGGUCCAGCAUUUGGAUCGAAAGAAGGUCAAGAUGGACGGAGAAGCUUCAAGUCGGUGAAACCAUUCAAUGCAGGAAUGCAACUCUUUCCAAGUCACAUUUUAUCCUUAAUUUUAAGCUUGAACCUCAUCCUAUUGGUACAAGGACAAGGAAUUGUGUGAACAUGGCAAAUCAUGUGAAUGGUGAAAGAAAAUGAAACUUGCAAAAGCGCAAGAAGGAAAAGGAACGCAAAAAUCAGUCAACACUGAAAACCCACACACGAUUCAAAGUGGGCUGUGAACUUGUUUUCAGUCCUGUCAACAAGACUAUUCAACUUGAUUGUCUGAUGAUGAGGACGAUCAUGAAGCCAGACUAAACUGAAAACUGAAAGACUUGCAAGGUUGAAAUUAGCGUCCAAACAAUGGCCACAAUCAAAGUCCCGAUAAACAAAAGACUUGUCCGGGAUUCGCCCAAUGCCAGACAGUCUUAAUUGAAUCAAUUGCCAUCAAUUACAAUAAUCAAUAUUGAUCAACUUUUUACUCAAUUAUCUUCAAUUUGAAUGGAUGGAAAGAUUGCCUUAAAAUUUGGCUGCUUAAUCAACUUUGUCUCUCAAUCAAUCAAUUACUUGGUGAAAAACCUCUUUAAUUGUGACUGUGAUAAUGAUUUGAGUCUUCAAAUGGCAGGUUAACUCAACAAAGAAGAUAACUUUUACUUCUUCCUUCAUCUUCUUUCUUUUGUUAGAGAAGAUUAUUUCUUCUAUUGUUAACUUUAUCAUGAUGAUAAUGAUACCAAUAACAAUAUCAUGUUAAUAUCAGAACUUUACUGUUCUGUUUACUAUUUUUGCAGAUGAAAAAAAGAAUUAUGUUUUCUCUCUUUCUCUUCAUUUCUUUUCAUGAUAGUGAUACAAUCUCUCAUUGAUAAUACAAAUGAUCGUCUUUUCAAUAUUGCAAUCAAUUCCAACUUCUCAGAACUUUUGUAUACAAAAGCAGUUAAGGAAACAUGAUGAAACAUGCAAAAGUGCAAAUUAUUUCAUUUCAUAUUCAUAACUGUUUCAGGUUCAGUUGAUGGAAUAAAAGAUUGGACGGAAAAUGUUGAUUAUCAAUUGUCACCUAUCGAUUGACUAAACAAAUUGUUCAAUUGAAUCAAUGAUUUUUGUCUGUUCAUUUGAAUAGCAACAUUGAUUUGGGAAAAUUUGCUGCUCAAUGGAAUCAAUUGCAUGCAAUUUGAGCUUGCAUUUAAUCUAAAGUUGAUUAAACUCGCUGACUGUCUUAUGAUUUUUAACCAUUGCUGUUGCGAUCAUCAAAUGAUUAACAGCCAAAUGAACAAUUUAAUUGCCAUUUCUUGAAAUUCAUUUCUCCUUUUCUACUUUCUAAUCAUGUUUCUUAAUCGAGAUUCUUGAUAAAACUACAUUUAAUGAUCAAUCCAAUUCUAUGUAAAGAAACUUUGUAAAUAUCAACAACUAAUGUGUACAUUAUUUAUUGUAAUAUAAGUAAAAUUAAAUAUGAUAAAA